AGCAGGAGCAGGAGCAGGAGCAGGAGCAGGAGCAGGAGGAGGAGCAGGAGGAGGAGCAGGAGCAGGAGUUGGAGCACGGGCAGUUGGAGACUACGAUAUGAAAGUUUUUUAA